AUGUCCGACUUCACUAACCACAACGACCACGUGGUCCCAUCCACCGAGACUGAGCCUGGCUCCGGUCUGCAGAACGCAAAGGCUUCAGUCGUCAACAAUGCUUCUGCUGCCGCCGAUGCUGUCAAGAACCACCCCAUAACUCAGAAUAUCACCAACGGUCCAGUUGCAGAGAAUGUCAAGGACCAGACUGCAAAGACUUCAGCCGAGUUCUCCAACCUUGCUGCCUCUCGCACAACUCCAGCUACUCCAGCUGCCACUGGCCAACCUCUCACACACUACCACUCGUUCUUCUCGAGCCUCCUGUCCUGGGAGCAUCCCCGCGCGUCCGGGAUCGCAUACCUCGCAACCGUCCUCUUCAUCUUCGCCGCUCGAUACCUUGAUAUCAUCCGAUACAGCUUCAAGGUUACAUAUAUGGUUUUGGGUAUCACUGUUUUGGCCGAGGCUGUUGGUAAAAGUCUCUUCUCUACUGGUUUCACCUCCCAGGUCCGCCCUAAGAAGUACUACACUGUUUCCAAGGAGACCUUGAACUCAGUUAUCGGAGACGUUCACGAGCUUAUCAACUUCUUCGUCAUUGAGGCUCAGCAGAUUGUCUUUGCCGAGAAUCUCUUCGUGUCUGGUGCUGCAUUUAUCGGAGCUUUCCUCUCCUACUACCUCAUCAAGGUCGUUCCUUUCUGGGGUCUUUCUCUCAUUGGAACUUCCGUUCUCUUUCUCAGCCCAUUGAUCUACAAAACCAAUAAAGAGUUGAUCGAUGCGAACCUUUCCAAAGCCUCAUCCGUCAUCAACCAGCAAACUGAGCAAGUGAAGCAACUUGCCAGCCAGCAAGCCGCGCGCGCCACUGAGACAACCAAAUCGCUUGUUGGUGACUACUCCGCCAAGGCACAAGAUUUGAUUGGUGGCGCCCGGGGACGUUCGACCUCACCAAUUGCUUCCGUGAAGCCCCCUAAGACUGAGCCUCUCGACGUCAAGGAGAACAUCCCAGCUUACAAGAGCGAGGAUUUUCCGAUUGCACCAAAGGAGGAGUUCAAGUCCUCAGCACCUGCUGUUGUGGACGAGCCCUUGGUCGCUACAUAA